AUGGAGCCUUCUGCAGUGGUAGGAACAGCUCCUGGUAAAAGCUGCUACAGGAGUGGAGGAAUCCUCCAGAAAGGUGAGGUGCCAGCUAACCUAGAGAGCACACACUCAAAUUUGAGUGAGUUUGAAGACAGUAUGGACUGUGCUUUGUUGAAUGAAACAUACUCUGUGCAUUAUUCAGAUGCAAUUCAGAACCAUGAAAGCCAUAUUGACUUAAGUUCCGAAUUACAGCCUGACAUGCAGACAAGAGAAGAGGUGUUGUUUAAUAUCUUGGAGCAUCAGGGUCCUAAGACGAGUGGAGUGGAGAGACACUACCAGACUGCAGACCCUGACUGUGAAGAGACAGUGGCAGGUGUACUGACCUCUAGUGCGGAUGAGGACUCCCUGCAGGAAUACCAUAGUGCAGAAGAGCCAGAACUGAUACGUAACCACCCAUCCUGUGACCAAACCAAAACAGUAGACAUAGCUCACCUGGAAGUAGUUGGGUUCGGAAAUUCAGGUUGUGAAGCCAACAGUCUAGAAGAUGAUAAUCACAUUAAAUUAGGAAGCAGUUCUGUCUUCUCUCUGGAGUCACUUGAUGUUUAUGGACAAGAUGUCUCCAAAUUUCAGAGUUCUGUAAUGUUAAGAAAAUCCCAUGAACAAAAGUAUGAGAAGUAUAAGGAACAAGAGGCCAGUUUAACGUACCACACGGUAUUUGAUGAAAGUAUACAAAGCAGUACUCUUGAGAAGCAGGAAUCUCAAUCUGAGAGUGAUUUCUUGAACCCUCCUAAAGCCCUAGAAGCUAACACCCACACUGGCAAAAUGAAAUCUCAAGUAACUGAAAGUAAGGAUUUUUAUGAAAACUUUGUUGAGAAAAGUAAGUUCCAACAUUUUCACAAUCCUAGUGCAGUAUUACAACAGGAAAAAGCUUUGGAGACAUUACUGCAGCCUUGCCAAAAUUGUCAGAGCUCCUGGAAUGCUGUCUUUGAUGACUCAAUCAUUUCUGCCUAUGGAUCCUCACAUUAUAGCAUGCUGCAAAGGGCCUCUGACCCAACCUUAGAUUGUCUGGCUACUCUACCAAGGAUUGUGGUCGAAGAUAAGCAGGCGAUGGAAGAUAGCUCCCUAAGUGUUGCUGACAGCCACAUCACAAAUAGAACGUCCUCUCCCAAUAUGGAAGGGACAUGUGACGGGUCAGUGAUGGAUGCUGCACGUUGUACAAUGACAGUUAACCAGUCAGUGGAUGUCAGCACUGAUUUUAGGGCUUGUUUCACAAUCAGCAGGGCAACAAGUGCAAGGCCCUCUGUGGUGUCCACCUCAAGCAACACAGAGAUAACGAUGAUGAACAAGACACGUCCCAGCCAGUGGCAGAAUGAGAAGCUGAGAAGUGUGGCCUGUAACACAGAUUGGUCAUACCGCCAAGACUGUGUAGACACACAGACGGCUGUGAUGAGAGGACCGGGAAAACCAGUCUCCGUGGACAGUUUCAAACCCAGUGGACAUGUCCUAAAUAAGGAUUCUCUGGAAUUAAGAAAAACACCUGAGAUCACAGAUUUGAAGAAACAUCCUGAGAGGGGAUGUCGGCUUUCUAAAGAGCUGGAGAAGAGCUGGCCCUCUAAGUGCUGUCAGGAGAUUAUGCAGAGAGCCCUCAGAGCUGAGAUGUACCUUCUGAACGCUCACUAUCAGAUGUGCCACUACCAUUGUUGUGACAUCUACAAACUCCUGCUGGAAAACAAGGAAGGAGAACAUCGGAACUUACCAAGUAAUUCUGCCAAGAAGGAAUUGGGGACAGUGCUGCUGUCUGUCUUGGGAGACAUAAAAGCUCGAUACGUGAGCCUGAAAGAAAAAAUCAGCAAAGGCAUCCCCCUGGAUGAACUGCCCCCUUUUUCAGUAGAGUCCAAAUUGUUGUCUACCUUAUCUGCUUUCACUUCCAAGCUAAUAAAAGAAGAAAUACACGUCUUUACAGGAGCCGAUUCUGGACUUGAAAGGCAGAGUGAGCAAGAUGAUGGCGACUCUUCGAGCCUGAAAAGGGCCCUCUCACAAGUCUCCUCACCUGACAAUUGCCACCCUGGACAAGACGUAUCACCUGAGGAAGAUGGCUGUGACAAUGGUGGUAUGCAUGAAGACUUCAGGCAACUGAGACUGGAAGAUGCAGACAGCAGAAGUUGUCUAGAAAUAAGUGAAGACUGGUUUGAUGCUAAAGAGAACCUUACGGGAGGUGAAGUCUCUGGAAUUCUAGAGAAUCAGCUAGAACAAGACAGAUGCAGCCCAAAGUGUACACCAGAGAUGAAGAGUGCUGAGCCCUUACGAAGAGAUGAAGGGUAUUUGGUCCACGUCGGUGGUCUCUGCUCUUUAGUGUCUGAGGCCGACUUAAGGACCCUUUUCCAGAAAUACCAAGUUUCUGAGAUUGCAAUUUCUGAUUCUUCUAAUAAUCACAGAUACGCAUCUGUGUCAUUUAAAAAAAGCAUUGAUGCCACCACAGCUGUGAAGGAAAUGAAUGGAGUGGAGAUACAUGGCAGGAAGGUGAAUGUGCGGCUCGUGAAGCCUGGAGAGGCCGCCUCCCCACCGCCCUCCACAGACGGGCUCCAACUCCACCUGAAUGAUGUGGAGAAAAGCAGCAACAAGGAAGCCAACCUGGCUUCCUGCGUUUCUCGAUUGCCUAGAACGAGAGCCAGGCAGCUGGGCUCCGAGGCACACAGUGAGUUUUCACCUUUCAACCAGAAGGGUGUCCAGAAGAACUGUAAAGAGACGAAAUCCACUGGAUUACUACCUCGUAGAUCUGAUCACUUCACACCUCCAAACACUUUGAACCUGCGUAGCUUUACCAAGAUCCUGAAGAGACUGACUGAGCUGCACCCAGAAGUCAGCAGAGACCACAUCAUUGAGGCCCUUCAGGAAGUGAGGCUGAGUUGCAAAGGAUUCCUGAACGGCUUGUCCAUUAACACUAUUGUGGAGAAGACGUCUUCUGUUCUGAAAAACUCUACUUCCAUUUAG